AUCCGACUGCCCCGAUACCCCAGCAAGGACAUUGACCACAAACGAGAACUCAAGGACACAAACGAACGGGAGUUUUUCCUGGAAAUCGUCAAGGACAUCUCUAAUGAACUUGACCUAAAAAGCCUCAGCUCUAAAAUCGUCUCCAACGUCAGCUGUAUGCUGGACGCCGACAAGGUGUCCCUGUUUCUGGUCGAGGGCAAGCACUCUGGCAAACCAGUUCUGGUGUCCAAGAUCUUUGACCUACAUGCCGGCACCAGUAUUUUACCGUCAUGCUCCGGGGACAUCCGGGUGCCUUGGGGUCACGGAAUUAUUGGUCACGUGGCGGAAACGGGAGAGAUUGUCAACUUACUGGAGGCCAUGAAGGACCAUCGUUACAACGACGAACUGGUAAAGAUCACAGGCUACAAGGCGGAGUCACUGCUGUGUAUGCCAAUCAGAAACGGAGACAACGAGAUAGUGGGCGUAGCCCAAGCUCUCAAUAGCAACAGGGAGGAGGGUUUCUCCAAGGACGAUGAGAAG